AUGGGGAAGCUGAUCAAGUUUGGGGGAAAGGAAAAGAGGUUAUCUCGAAGGAAGAGACUCCAAUGGAAUAGAGUCCUCUUCCUUUUGGGCAUGGUGCUCAUUGGUUCUACUUACCAGCUUUUGAAGACCCACCAGGCCCUGCCUACACUAUGGACAACUAUGCAUUCCCAGCACCCUCUGAAAAUGGCCAGCCGGGACCUUCCUGACAGUGAAAUGGUAACUUUGAAUGGUGAUCAUCAGGAAUCCAGUCUGGAAAUGGAAGGCAGUACACUGGAUCCAGAGGACAGGGACAAGUUAACACCUUCAGCACUUGUGGUAAAGAAAAACCUAAAUAUGCCUGGAAGAAUAGUGAAUAACUAUACCCCAGUGACCCCAGUGACACCUAGAAGAAAGAAGAAAAAUUAUACCUUAACAACAGGCAAGCAAAUAGUGAAGAACUAUACUCCAACUACAUUUAGUAGAAAUGUUCAGGAUCCUACCUCAACUACACCUAAAAGAAUAGAGAGCUACAUGAUUAUCCCCAAUUCAACAGCAAAAAUUAAUGACAUGAUGAAAACUCUGAAAACAGUGGACAAGAAGUUUCUGACUAUUCCCAAAAGAACAGAGGAGAAUACCCUGAGAACCCCCCAAGGAAUAAUUGAAAAUACCCCAACUAUUUUAAAAAGAAUAAUAGAGAAGACUGUGUCACCUCUCCCAACAAAAGUAGCAAAACUCCCCACUCCAACUAUCAUUAAAAGAAUAACAGAGAAUACCCCAGGUGCCUCCAAGAAAAUAGUGGAGAAGAAAACUCCAACUACUCCCAAAAGGCUACUGGAGAACACCUCAACUGUCCAUAAAAGAGCUGUGGAAAAGAAUUCUCUAACUACUACAAAUGGACUUUUUGAGAAAAACACCCCAACUACUCCCAAGAGAGCAGAGGAGGACACUCUAACUAUCCCAAAUGGAUUGGUGGAGGAUACCCCAACUACACCCAAGGGAGCAGAGGAAAAAAACACCCCAACUACACUCAAAAGAGUAGAGGAAAAAAUGUCAAUUACCCCCAAGAGAGUAGUAGAGAAGAAAAACUCAAAUAUUUCUAAGAGAAGAGGAGUAGAAAAUGCCCAGACUGUUCACCAAACAAUGAUGAAGACAAGCACUAUGGUACCCAGAACAACAGUGGAGAACAAUGCUGCUCCUGGAUUUCAUGUUGUGAGUACCCCAACCAAAGCUAGAGAACUGACAUCAAAAACCUCCUCAACCAAGGGGAUGAUAAAGAGAACCUCGACAGCCAUUCCCAACAUAGGAGUACAUAAUAUGACAUCAUCUACCAUGGACGUCAAUACCUUUACUAACCAGAUCCGGCACUGUGUAUUUGUAGAACCUAUCUCAACAGUUUCAGCCAACCUCUCUCCUUCUACAGGCUUGACCCCUUUCCUUGAUGAGACUAGCCAUAGCUCCCCUUCCCCAACCCCUAACCUAUUGGACUUUCAUUCCAUGGCAGACUACCCUCCAGACCUAUUCAGUGUGGAACAGCGGAGGCAAGGCUGGGUGAUCCUACACAUCUUUGGAAUGAUAUAUGUGUUUGUGGCCUUGGCCAUCGUGUGUGAUGAAUAUUUUGUCCCAGCCUUAGGGGCCAUCACCAAUAAGCUACAGAUCUCUGAGGAUGUGGCUGGAGCCACCUUCAUGGCAGCUGGGGGCUCUGCUCCUGAGCUAUUCACCUCACUAAUUGGUGUUUUUAUCUCUCACAGCAAUGUGGGCAUUGGCACAAUAGUAGGCUCUGCUGUGUUCAACAUCCUCUUCGUCAUUGGCACUUGUGCCCUAUUCUCCAGAGAGAUUCUCAACCUUACCUGGUGGCCCCUGUUCCGCGAUGUCUCCUUCUAUAUCUUUGAUCUCAUGAUUCUCAUCAUCUUCUUCUUGGAUAGUCUGAUCAACUGGUGGGAGAGCUUACUGCUCCUCAUGGCCUAUGCCUUCUAUGUCUUCACCAUGAAGUGGAACCGACAACUUGAAGGCUGGGUCAAAGAACAGCUCAACAAGAGGACAAUAGCCAAGAUUAUGGUUGGGACAGGCCUCAGCAAGACCAGUAAUGGAGACAUCACUGCGGAUGCUGUGGAAGAUAGUAAGAAAAUGAAGCUCCCGUCUAUUCUGAUCCGAGGAAGCAAUGCAGCAUCUCUACACAACAGCACCAUUCGCAGCACCAUCUACCAGCUCAUGCUGCACACCCUGGACCCCCUAAGGGAAGGUCUUUUGCAGAGGAGUGCUUGUGGGUUUGCUGCCAGCCAGAUGCUUACUUUACUUUGGGGCUUCUUUGAAACUGGAUUCCUAAUGUCUGCAGCUGGUAUUCAGGGGACAUCUGGGGAAGGAGGUAUUCGGGCCCCAUGGUUGAGCCGCAGAAUCUUAAAAUUGUUGUCAGUAGCCCUCAGUCUGCCCUGGGGUUGCCCAAACUAUACCCAUUCUUUCAGCUGCUCUGCACCAUACAAACCUAUGUCCUUUCCCAUUUUGUCCUUUAAAGUAGAAGAACCUGCAGAGCCCGAUGAGCUCCCAGCAGUCAAAGUUUCUCCAGCCUCUGCUGUGGACACUGCCAAAGAUCAGGAUGAACCAACCCCUGGUGGUCAGGAGGGCUCAGAUUCUGGAGCAGAUGAUAAAGAUGAAGAUGAAAAUGAAGGUGAAGGUGAUGCUGAGGGUGAAACUAAGGAUUUAGAGGAAGCUGAAAACCAAGCAGUAGAAAAUAGUGAAGGUGAAGCUCAAGGUGAAACCAAAGAUGAAGGUGAACCCAAUGAUGAAGAUGGAACUCAAGGUGACAGUAAUACUGAGGCUGAAACUAAAGGUCUAGAGGAAGUUGGAAGUGAAGCAGUAGAAAAUAUUAAAGAUGAAAUUCAAGGUAAAGGUGAAGGUGAAACUCAAGGCCCAGGUCCAGGUCCAGAGGAAGUUUAUGAGAAGGGUGAAGAAGACCAUGGAGAGGGAAGUACAAAGGAAGGUGCAGAAACAGAUGAAAAAGGUGGAGAAGAUGGAGAAGGUGGAGAAGAUGGAGAAGGUGGAGAAGGUGGAGAAGGUGGAGAAGAUGGAGAAGGUGGAGAAGGUGGAGAAGAUGGAGAAGGUGGAGAAGAUGGAGAAGGUGGAGAAGAUGGAGAAGGUGGAGAAGAUGGAGAAGGUGGAGGAGAUAAAGAAGGUGGAGGAGAUAAAGAAGGUGGAGGAGAUAAAGAAGGUGGAGGAGAUAAAGAAGGUGGAGGAGAUGGAGAAGGUGGAGAAGAUGAUGAUGACAGUGAAGAUGAGGAUGAGGAAGAAGAUGAAGAUGAAGAAAAAGAAGAAGAAGAAGAAGAAGAAAAUAAUGAGGAGCCUUUGUCACUAGAAUGGCCUGAAACAAGGAGUAAACAGGCCAUUUACCUCUUCCUUUUACCCAUUGUGUUCCCCUUAUGGCUAACAGUUCCAGAUGUCAGGAAACCGGAAUCUAGGAAGUUCUUUGUGAUCACAUUUCUGGGUUCCAUCCUGUGGAUAGCCAUGUUCUCAUACCUCAUGGUGUGGUGGGCUCACCAGGUUGGUGAAACAAUUGGGAUUUCUGAAGAAAUUAUGGGCUUGACAAUCCUAGCAGCUGGCACUUCAAUUCCUGACCUCAUUACAAGCGUUAUUGUUGCCAGGAAAGGCCUAGGAGACAUGGCUGUGUCCAGUUCGGUGGGCAGCAAUAUUUUUGACAUCACUGUGGGUUUGCCAGUUCCUUGGUUGCUCUUUUCUGUCUUCAAUGAGCUACAGCCUGUUCCAGUGAGCAGCAAUGGAUUGUUCUGUGCCAUUGUUUUGCUCCUUCUCAUGCUCCUGUUUGUGAUCUCGUCGAUUGCAUUCUGCAAAUGGCGGAUGAACAAAAUCCUAGGGUUUACCAUGUUUCUCCUUUACUUCAUAUUCUUGAUUAUCAGUGUAAUGUUAGAAGAUCGAAUCAUAUCGUGUCCUAUCUCUAUCUGAAUUGGUCUUGAGGCUACUUCUACCAAAUGCAGAACAAAUGGUCACGUGGCAUUCCUCUGUGGAUUUCUGGAUUUCCCAAAGGAUUGAACUUCACCCAUGGGGCUGUUGCUCGACAGGGUGCCAGGGAGUUUGGACAGUAAAUGAUGUCAGGAACCAAAGGACUUGGCUGGCAGAAUAUUCUUCUCAGGGAUUGUCCCAAACACCUCAUACUUACAUAGGCAGCAUACUCACCCCAUAGAGGCAUAAAUGAAAUUGGAAAACUUACUAUUUUUUAAACAAGAGGUGAGCAAAAGGGGCUACUGAAGAUAGCCUUCACUAUCACACUCUUUUCUGGUCAUAUCUGAGGAACCCUUGGAGCCUCCUAAUUUCACAAAUCUUAUUCUUUGGGAUCCAAACCAGAUUGUGCAAACCAGCAGAUGGUUUCCAUAUUGUGUUCUGCUUUCUCCUCUUAACUGUGUGAGUGAGGUGCCCAUUGGGUUCAUAGUCAAGUUAUUUUUAUGAAUUUAGGUAAAGGUCACUAGUAGGAUGAUGAGAAGUAGACACUGCUUAACAGCAUCAAUUCAUCUUAAAUGAGAUUGAUUUUGAGCAUCUGAACAGUCUUGUUUUGCAUGAUAAGGGCAUGUGAGGUGAAGUACCUCCCAGGUAUCAAUAAUUUCUAGCUGAGAAGGGGAAAAGUUUGAGCUCCUAGGAAUAUGCGCACUUUACAAAAGUGGAAGGGGCAGGACUAAUGAAAAGUUCACAUUAGGAUUGAUUGGAGUGAGAUAAAUGUUGGCUAGGAAGAAAAUAAAGUAAGAAAAUGUCUUAGGAAGCGAACCCAACAUAUUUUAUGCAUCCAAAUGAGUGAUGUUCUCUUUGAAGUAAUCACUUGGGAAGCAAUACAUGCAUUCUAAUUGUUGUGUUUUGCUGCAAACAGUUCUGGGAUUCUUCUUUUGGCAUCACCUAGAGCCCCAAUGUAUCCUUUGAAUAUCUUCACUGGUGGCCAGUCUUUGUCCUUUGGGGGUAGAUUUGAUUUUUGGAAACAACCAAUGUAAUUACUUUGGGCGAUCAAAAGGGGAACAUUGUUUUUGUUUUUUUUAAGAACAAAAUAAAAGCAUUCAAGGUGUGAAUAAAAAACUGAGAUGGAUUUUUGGCUUGUACAUUAGCAGCUCUGAAAAGAAACAAAAGGAAUCCCUUAAAAUGCUUUGAAUUAAGGCAGGAUCCUUAGAAUUACUGUAUAAGCUACAACCUCAUUUUAUGGCGAUGGAUUUAUUUGGAUAUAUGUGUUCU